CGUGUCGAGAUAACGAGUUCUUGGUGUUCUUGGCUACAAGCAUGGUGGUGCAACCCAUCCUUCUAUAUAUACUGCGGCUCGCUCCAGUCAUAUCUAAGGUUCUGGAGUCUGAACUCUAAUUCUCCCCUACCUACCUUUCAAGACCCCGAAACUUUUGAGACGCAAGAUACCCCAUCUUGGAAGUUCUUGCAAAUGAUACCACCACCACAUUCUCUUGGAAUCCCGUGAAUCAUGACCGCCGAGUUCGAGAGGCACCCUUUUCUCCUGUCGGUCCAAGAGGCGGCCGACGCUCUUGGUACCAAUGUAGACACGGGCUUGUCCUCUGCGCAAGUCACCGAGUUGGCCGAGAAAUACCCUCCUAAUGAGCUGGACAUUGGUGGUGCCAUUCCUUGGUACACCAUCUUCAUUCGACAGCUAUGCAAUGCCAUGAUAUUGGUCCUCUUCUUCGCCAUGGCUCUUAGUUUUGGCAUCCAGGACUACAUUGAAGGCGGGGUGUUAGCUGCUGUCAUUGUCCUAAAUGUUUCGAUUGGUUUCUACCAGGAAUAUGGGGCCGAGAAGAAGAUGGACGCGCUCCGAGCGCUUUCUUCCCCCAGCGCUGCCGUUAUCCGCGAUGGCAAGACCAUCGUCAUCCCAAAUGCUGAGGUCCUACCCGGGGACAUCGUCAUGCUCAAGAUGGGCGACACGGUGCCCGCGGACAUGCGGCUCUUCGAAGCCAUGAACCUAACCUGCGACGAGCAGUCCCUCACCGGAGAGGCCCUCCCCGUCGAGAAGGUGACUGAGAACAACAUCGUCGUGCCCGGGACCGAGAAGCGGGCCGAGUCGGCGGAAGACGUUGGCAUUGGUGAUCGGGUGAACAUGGCAUACGCCACUUCUGUCGUCCGGAAGGGCCGUGGAAGGGGCAUUGUGACCGCAACCGGCAUGGUCACCGAGGUCGGCAAGAUCGCAGCCUCUACCUCGAAGAAGGACCGCAAGGCCGGGCGGUCUAUGAACUGGAAGAAGUACGGGAAGAAGCAGCCGAUCAUCGGUGGUGCGAGGCGCGCGUACGAUUUCUUUGGCAAGUUCCUGGGUCUGACCGAGGGAACUCCCCUGCAGAUCAAGUUGUCCAAGCUAGCCUAUUUCCUUUUCUUUUGCGCUCUGGUCUUGGCUGUUGUCGUGUUCGCCGUCAAUAAGUUCAAAGUUCCAAACGAGGUCGUUAUUUAUGCAAUUUCGACUGGUAUUGCUAUUAUUCCGGAGUCGCUGGUUGCUGUUCUUACUAUUACAAUGGUCGUCGCCACUACUGUGAUGCGCAAGGCCAACGUGGUCGUCCGCGAUCUUUCGGCUCUCGAAGCUCUAGGAGGGGUCACAAAUAUCUGCUCUGACAAGACCGGCACACUCACCCAGGGGGCCAUGAUUGUGAAGAAGGUCUGGCUUCCAAAGUCGAAUAUUUACACCGUCCGGGCCUCGAUGGAUCCCAGCGAUCCGACUGCCGGGACUGUGACCUACUCGCAAGCGGAUCCCAAGGCCGUCCAGGAGGAAGAGAAGCGGGAUUUCGACCAAGAGCGGACCACCCAAGCCAUCAAGUUUGAUGUCCCCGACGAGAAGCUGAACCAAAACGCCACCAGGGAGAAGGAGCCGGAGGCCGAGAUGACACCGGACCUCGGGUUGUUCCUGCUCUCCGCGGCCCUCUGCAACCUUGCGACGGUGCGGUACGAUGAGAAGGAGGAGAAGUGGCAGACCACUGGCGAGCCCACCGAGAUCGCCCUGCAAGUUUUCGCGCACAGAUUCAAGAUCGGGCGGAAGCCGCUCGAGCAGUCCGGAUGGAAGCAGGUUGGAGAGUUCCCCUUUGACAGCUCCAUCAAGCGCAUGUCCGUGAUAUACAACGCGCCCGACAACGCCGAGGAUGGCAUGAGGAGCGAGAACAGCUACGUCUUCACCAAAGGCGCCGUGGAGCGUAUUCUCGACCUCUGCACCCACUUUGGCAUCGGCGAUGCCCGGGAGGAGAUGACCGAGGAGGCGAAGGAGAGGAUCCUUGAGCAGAUGAGCAACUUUGCCUCGCAAGGCCAGCGCGUCCUCGCAAUAGCGUACAAAGAAUUGGAUGGCCGGUUCCAGGAACACGCCGAUCCGAACUCGGUAACCCAAGCCGACGACCCGCUGCGGACCCAGGUGGAGAGCAACCUCAUCCUACUCGGCCUGGCCGGUAUCUACGACCCGCCGCGGCGCGAGACGACCCCCGCCAUCAGGGAGUGCGCGACCGCCGGGAUCAAGGUGCACAUGCUGACGGGCGACCACCCAGAGACGGCGAGGGCGAUCGCUAGGGAGGUGGGCAUCAUCCCGCACGACCUGAGCAUCCUGCCGGCCUCCAUCGCCGAGUCGUGCGUGCAGAAAGCGACCGACUUCGACAGGCUCACCGACGCGGAGAUCGACGCGAUGGAGGAGCUCCCGCUCGUCAUCGCGCGCUGCGCCCCCGAGACCAAGACGCGCAUGAUCGAGGCGCUCCGGCGGCGGGACGCCUUCAUGGCCAUGACGGGCGACGGCGUCAACGACGCGCCGUCGCUCAGCCGCGCCGACGUGGGCAUCGCCAUGGGCUCCGGCAGCGACGUGGCCAAGUCAGCGGCCAAGAUUGUGCUCACCGACGACAAGUUCAACUCGAUCGUGUCGGCGAUCCGCGAGGGCCGGCGCAUGUUCGACAACGUGCAGAAGUUCAUCCUCCACCUGCUGAGCAGCAACGUGGGCGAGGUGAUCCUGCUGAUCGCGGGCCUCGGCUUCCGCGACGACUCGGGCUACUCGGUGUUCCCCAUCUCGCCGCUGCAGAUCCUGUGGAUCAACAUGCUCACCUCGUCGUUCCCGGCCUUCGGCCUGGGCCGGGAGAAGGCCAGCCGGGCGGUGAUGCGCAAGCCGCCGCACGACAAGAGGCGCGGCGUCUUCACCAACCAGAUCCUCGUCGACAUGAUGGUGUACGGCAUUCUGAUGGGCACCUGCACGCUCAUGACCUUUGUCAUCGUCGUCUACGGCGCCCACGACGGCCAGCUCGGCUUCGACUGCAACCGCGAGUUCUCGGAGAGCUGCAGGCCCGUCUUCAGGGCCCGCGCCGCCGUCUUCGCCGAGCUCACCUGGCUCAUCCUCAUCAGCGCGUGGGAGUUCAAGGACAUCCGCCGGAGCAUGUUCCGCCUGAACCCCGACAGCACCAGCAAGUUCCCCAUCUUCAAGGACCUGUACGAGAAUAGGUUCCUCUUCUGGGCCGUGACGCUGGGCGCCAUCAGCGUCUUCCCCGUGGUGUACAUCCCCGUGCUCAACACCAAGGUGUUCAAGCAUAUCGGCAUCAGCUGGGAGUGGGCCGUCGUCUUUGGUAUGACCAUCGUCUACGUCGUCGGCAUGGAGAUCUGGAAGUUCAUCAAGCGCACGAUGAACAUCUUGGACGACCAUGCUGUCGUUAGAGGCCACUGGUCCCAGGGAAGCGAAGAGGGACGGAAGUUUACCAAGGCGAUGAGCUUUGGCAGUUUGCGAAGCUGGAAGAGCUGGGGCAGGGCUGACUCGAGAGCGAGGAGCAACACCAACCUGUCGAACCUCUCGACUCGGCCGGUUGAUCCCAGCUCAGGGGGGUCCUGAGCACCAGAUAUUGGUUCAAGGACGGAAUGCGCAGCCUCUCGGUUGUAGAUCCCAAGGGCCAGAAACCUUAUGAAAAUAUGGGACAUGGUACUGAUUCGAGUCAUAAGAAUUGCAGGAAGUGCACUUGGGCUUUGACAACUGCUGCAGGUCGAUGUUUAUUUUACGGACAUAGCAAAAAAUUGUAGAAUAUUAUUCAGAAACUGAACGUCAUUUCAUCAUUUC